UUUCUUUACUCUUACAAACAUAUCUACAGGUGUUGACAAUUCACAAGCUUGUUAAUUACUCUUUUAAUGCAUUGUUGUUGUUGUUGUUGUAACAAUCUUGAUCAUUGCCCAACAAUGGUAUAUCAAGCUUUUGAUCAACAUGAGGAGUUGUUUACCGGCCGUUGCAUAUUGGUAAACGGGCCAGUCAUAGUAGGGGCUGGCCCGUCUGGUCUUGCAGUCGGCGCGGGUCUCCACCAACAAGGGGUUCCUUUUGUUAUUUUAGAGCGCGCCGACUGCAUCGCCGCACUCUGGCAACAUAAUACCUACGACCGCCUUAAACUACACCUCCCGAAACAAUUUUGCCAACUACCUUACUUCCCUUUCCCGCCAGAUUUCCCCGAAUACCCUUCGAAAUAUCAGUUUAUCGAAUACCUAGAGUCGUAUGCCAAAAAGUUUGAGAUUAGCCCGAGGUUUAAUGAGUCGGUCCAGUCGGCUAAGUAUGAUGAGACCUGUGGGCUUUGGCGUGUUCGGACCGUGGCUGGUGAGUGUGAGGUUGAGUAUAUAUGUCGGUGGCUCGUGGUGGCGACCGGAGAGAAUGCUGAGAAGAUAGUGCCUGAAUUUGAAGGGUUGGAUGAGUUUGAAGGAACCGUUAUGCAUGCUUGCGAUUAUCGGUCCGGUGAGGCUUUCGAAGGAAAACGAGUCUUGGUGGUUGGUUGUGGGAACUCAGGCAUGGAAGUCUCUCUUGAUCUUUGCCACCAUAACGCCUUGCCAUCGAUGGUGGUUCGAAGCUCGGUUCAUAUACUUCCAAGAGAGAUUGGUGGGAAAUCUACUUUUGAACUGGCAACUGCACUGAUGAAAUGGCUGCCAUUAAAGGUGGUUGACAAGAUACUUCUUGUUCUUGCAAGUUGCAUUCUAGGAAACCUAGAAAAAUAUGGUAUAAAAAGGCCUACAAAGGGUCCUUUACAACUCAAGAACAUCAAAGGGAAAACUCCUGUUCUUGAUAUUGGUGCAUUACAAAAGAUUAAGUCUGGGAAAAUUCAGAUAGUUCCAGGAAUCAAGAAAUUCUCUUCGGGUCGGGUUGAGCUCGUCAAUGGAGCAAAUCUUGAAAUAGAUUCAGUCAUUUUGGCAACUGGGUAUUGCAGCAAUGUUCCUUCAUGGUUAAAGGAAGAGAGUUUGUUUUCAAAGGAGGGUAUGCCCAUAAGACCAUUUCCAGAAGGGUGGAAAGGGAAAGCAGGAGUUUAUGCAGUUGGGUUCACAGGAAGAGGUCUUUCUGGUGCAUCAUUUGAUGCAGUUAGAGUUGCACAAGAUGUUGGCAAGAUUUGGAAUCAAGAAACCAAUCAUUAUGCCAGUUUCUUGAGAUCCAAGAUGCAAUAAGUAUAAAGAUUCAUAAAUAAAAUUGUAAUUGUUUUAA